GUGCUCGCUGGAAGGCGGAAGUGACGGGGGCGCCUGGGUGGCCACGGGAAGGAGUCGGAGCCGCAGUCCCGUGCCGAGCACUCAGGUGUUUUGUGAGCAGGUCGUGAUGGUGCUUUUUUGUAGAAAGACGUUCUAGUCCCAUGCAGUCCUGUGCUCCCCGCCAACAUGGUGGGUAUGAGUUGCAGCUCUUUCUGGACUUCUGAUAUCAGGUGUGCAGUGUACGACAAGAGCAGGUUUCUUACUGUUUGAUUUGAACUUUCCUGACAAAUUCUUUGCAGAAUUUUUACAGCAUCUAAAGUGCUCAGACUAUUUUUGCUGCCUUUGUUCUGUGAGAUUUAGUAGGAUUUAGAGUUGGGUUGAAGCGCACCCCAUUUCUGCCUGGGAGAAAAACAGUACAUCUUCCUGACUUAGUACUCUGCGCCCUGGUUUAAUUACUUUGCCCAGAAGAAGGGGACACAUGAGCAAAAUCAAAAGUGUUGGUGUGUGAGAAAAGAGGAACUGUAAUCUACUGGCUAAAGCCUGGAACGAGACGUCAGCAACUUUGGGCUCUGUUUUCAGUUUUGCCACGGCCCUGCUGGGUAUCCUUGGGCAGGUUCCUCAGUUUUCCCCACCUGUGAAAUGGAAGUGGAGAAGUGCUGUCAUCCCACAAGGUGCUUUGAGGCCAAAUUGAUGAUAAUUGAAGUACUUGUAGUGUUCUCUGGGAGGUUUAUAACAACUGAACCAGCACAGGAGCGUGCCGUGCUAUCCUGUCAGAACUUAAGGGACACUUGGGGCUUCUGUUUUUCAAAGCAAGAAGCAGCCAGGGGCUACAGGGCCAAGGGAAAAAGCAUGGUGUCAUUGAAAACAGCGUAACGGAUCUAGAGGCUGCUUGCUUUGUAGCUGGCCCACAGAAUUUGAAGGCAUCACAGCUUCCUUGGAGAUGUCAGUCCAGAGUGCCAAGGUGUGAAUAAAUCUUGAAGUUGCCUCCUCAAACUGGCUUAUUUUCUCCAGUUAAGGCCGGGGGGGGGAGGGGGGGGUAGAGAGUUCCUGUAGCAUAUGUGACUUGUUUGAAUCGGGCAGAUGCCAUCACUCUAGUGAGUACGGCCCCCUGCCAAAAUGUUGGAGACACAUGGAGAGGAGUGCUCUCUAAUGUCGUAUCAGGUCAAUUGAGUUUUCUGUCCUGUGCAGGGCCCGAGCGCUGAGUGCGAGAAGCUUGCGGAAGGCAAGUGAGGGAAUGGGCAGCGAGUUUGGUGCUAGUGAGGUGUGGGAUUGACAGGCCUGAAGGAGUCUGCUUUCCCUUGCAGCCUUUUCCUUGCUGCUCUCUGUGUUUCAGCCCUGCCAUAAGAGCACCCUUUUGGGAAGAGAGAAGCUAGCAGGCUUUGUGUCUGUUUUCUAGCCAAAUCCAGCAAAACUCGUAUGCACGUGCUUAACUGCAAACCUUUACUUUAGGUCUUCCCCUUUCCACAAAAUGUCUGUUUAAAAGUCAGGGGAUUUUACAUGCUUUGCUGAACUGGGGCUUGAGCCAUUGCCUUUUCAACUGUGACAACCAAGGAGGCUUUUGAUGCGUGUGCUUGCCCAGUAAGUGGAUUAACAGAGUAGACUGUGCACUCUCCCUCAGUCUGUCCAGAGGGAAGAAGCCAUGAAGGUGUUUUUUCUGUACGUACAUGGUAGGCUGAGGCAGCUUGGCUCUGAGGCCACAGUGUCGUACAGAAGGGAAGUUCUUGUUCCACGUAGGCUUGCAAACGUGUGCUCGUGAAAGUUAUAGAAUUGGCCAUUAAGUAGGUUUCUGUCCCGUGCAGCCAUGGUCUAACCCAGCAGUACUCUCUAGAAUCGCAGGUCUCUUUAUUUCAGGUUUCAAGAACUGGAGAGAGGAUUUCUUCUGUGGAAAGCAUCAGUGACCCAUCACAGAGGUCAGAAUGAAGCUGCUGAAAAGACGAGAGCCCUACCUUCAAGAAGUCCUGCGGUUUGCAGUGUGGUGCAGAGCCGUGACACUUCUGCUCCAGGCUCUGUUUAACCUCCUGAUCCCGGACCACGCUGCAGACGCCUUCUCUCCACCCCGCCUGUCUGAGCCCAGCUUCUGUGACUGGCUAUUGGAGUGGCUGUUGGGAGGCUUGUCACACUGGGAUGCAGAGCACUUCUUGUUUGUAGCUGAGCAUGGCUAUGUGUAUGAGCACAACUUUGCCUUCUUCCCCGUGUACCCCCUGAGCAUACGAGUGGUGGCAGAGGUCGCUCUGUGGCCCCUGCAGGGGCUGCUCUGCCUACGGAGUCGCCUGCUCCUGUCAGCUGUACUUUUAAACACCCUCUUCUCUGUUCUGGCAGCUGUUGUCCUCUACGAGCUGGGCUGCGUGGUGCUGCAGUGUCGCAGGACAGCCUUCCUGUCUGCCAUCCUCUUCUGCCUCACCCCAGCCAAUGUGUUCAUGACAGCCGCCUACUCGGAAAGCAUGUUUGCCCUCUUGGCAUUCAGUGCCAUGUGGCAGCUGGAGAAGGGGCGUAGCUGGACCAGCGGACUGCUUUUCUCCUUUGCUGCUGGCGUGCGCUCCAACGGGGUGAUCAAUGCUGGCUUCCUGCUCUAUACCCAGAGCAGACGCCUUGCCCUCCAGCUCCAAGCUGGUGCAGGGUCUGUCAUGAAACAGGCUUGGGUCUGGAGGCAACUUCUCGGCUUGGCAGCCUCAGUAGUUCUGACGUGUGCUGGCCUCUUUUUAUCUCCUGCUUUGUUUCAGCUCUAUGCUUACUUGAGAUUCUGUGACCCUGAUGUCAGCCCUGAACAUGCUGUUCCCCAGCCGCUGUUGCAGCUGGCCGUGGACAAAGGGUAUCGCCUAGCAGGCAUGACUGGGGUGAAACCUGCGUGGUGCUCCCACCGGGUUCCUAUGAUCUAUUCUUACAUUCAAGAUGUUUACUGGAACGUGGGUUUUCUGCGAUACUUUCAGCUGAAACAGAUCCCCAACUUCCUGCUAGCUGCUCCCAUCACAGUGCUGAGCACUUGGGCUGCCUGCGUCUACCUCACUGCCAAUCUCCAGGACUGCUUAACGCUUGGCCUGGUGAGAAGAAGGAAUAAAAGCAGGGGAGGAGAGGGCGCUGCUAAGCCAGGGGUUGGAUUUUGCUCCUCUGGUGUCUUCGUAUAUGUGGUCCACGCCACUACUCUCUUGGUAUUUGGACUCCUCUGCAUGCACGUGCAGGUCCUAACGCGGCUCCUAGGCUCGUCCUCCCCGGUGCUGUACUGGUUCUCUGCUUACCUGCUCCAGGACAGCAACGCUUUGCUGUGGCGAGAAGGGGAUCCCACCCAGACUGCAGCUUCCCUCUCUGAGUGGCCCCCUCUAGGCAGCGCUCUUCUGGGGUUGUUUGGAACAGGGGUUUCUGAAAACCCCCUUCCACGAUUAUUGCUGAAUUACAGAAGGAAUACUGCUUUGACCAAAUGUGUUCUGGGGUACUUCCUGUCCUUCUGGCUGCUGGGACUGAUUCUGCAUUGCAACUUCUUGCCUUGGACGUAGCUAGAGAUCGUGUGUGCAUGUGCAUUUGGGACCGACUUCCCAAGAGGAGCAGAAUCGCUGCUCAGAGUUGUGACUCGCUUUUAACCUUGACGUAAGGGAACUGAUGCUAUUGUCUUCGUUGCGUACAAAGUUGCACAGAGCCACCAGUACAUGCAUGUUCCUCAAACAGCUGUGCUCCUUUUUGUAACCCCAGUCCAUCCUUAUUCCAGCCCUCCUUUCUCUCCAUUGUCAUUUUCACCGCUCAUCUCAUGGCCAAAAUCUGGUCUGUAAACUCUCUGGGGCAGGUAACGUGGCUUUAAUUCUUACAUCUUCCGUGAAGCACUUUACCACGAUGAAUAAGUAUCUGAUGAAACGAGUGGGAAGCCCACUGCUGUCCGAGGAGCCUACAGCCGGCGUGUCUGCCUACAAAAUAAAGAUCCUGAGAAACUCAA